AGCGCCUCUGAUGCAACACGCACGACGGCGACCGCUGCCCAGCGUGGAGCUAUGUGCGGGACGCCCGUAAGCACCAACCCAUGGUCGCAUGCACCAUGUGCGCCCGCGCUGCUUCGGCAGAGGAGGACAUGCGACUCCCCUUGUCUUGGCGAUGAUGAGGAUUGGAGGAAAUUUAACCUGGAGCAGGCAAUCACCCCACAAAGCCAAGAACCGCUACGGCUAUUCACCUCCUCACCAGCAUGCAAUCCUAACAAUACAAUGGCAAUGGGGGCUAUUAAGCCGAGGAGGGGUGGUUGGGGGAGAGACUGAGAUGCCUCUGCACAUGUUAGUCGCAAACGACUACUUAUAGCCGCUGAUCAUCCCCCUGCUUUACGGAACAAGCAAGCAAGCAUAUCCCUUUCUCUUCCUUCCCAUCAUCCACAAUGGUCGCUAUCAAGACUCUUCUCGGCGCUGCUGUCGCCAGCUUUGCCGCCUGUGCUGACGCCGAGCGCCUGUUCUACAACUCGGGCAACCUCAACGGCUGGAACUAUGUUCGCAAGGAGCACAAGGGCACUGUGGACAAGGUGACCAACGUUGUCUACAAGGGCGACUCUGCUAUCAAGGUCACCCAGACCUUUGACAAGAACUACCACGACCGCUACCACUCCGAGGUCGACCACAACGACGGCUACAAGCGCGGCCAGACGCGCUCGUACGGCUUCAUGGUCCGCCUCUCGGACAAGUGGGAUUUCACCAGCCAGGGCUACAACCUCGCCCAGUUCAUCUCGCACCGCACCGGCGGCGACAACUGCGGCGACGACUGGAUGCCCAGCACCAUGAUCUGGAUCAACGGCAACAAGCUCAACACCCGUGUUGUCAACGGUGUCUACCGCGGCAAUGACUGCAAGCGCAACAUCCCUACCUACAGCAACAUUGGCACCCUCGAGGCCGGCAAGUGGCACAAGAUCAUUGUCCAGGCCAAGUGGGCCAGCGACAACUCUGGCUGGAUCAAGAUGUGGCUCGACGGCAACAAGAUCCUUGACAAGUCCGGCCUCGCCACUACUGUUAGCGGCGACGAGACCUUCCAGUUCCGUGUCGGCCUGUACGCCAACAGCUGGCACGACCAGGGCAACAAGCUCGAGGGUGACCAGGGUUUCCGUCAAGUCUGGUACGAUGAGAUCUCUCUAGGUACUUCCUACGAUGAUGUCGACCCCGACAAGCAGUAAAUGCCAAAAGAGAAAGAAAAAAGACAAAACAGAUGUAUAUUUGCGAGAAUCUUAUAGACAGGUUUUCUCUCUUCGAUAGAGAGGAGACACAGUCAUAUGGUUAACCCGUUAUUUAAAGAAAUGUAUAAAUUAGGGACAGAAAUGUAAAUACUUUAAAAAAUGUUAUGAAUCUUUUUGCAUUACUCUAUUAGUUC